CACUCUUCUCCAACAAAAAUGAGACAAAGCCGUAAAGGAGCCGCCAGUCAGCAGCCAUCGGUCGACUCUGGUCCUCGUCCACGCCUUCAUCGAAAACAGUCCAUCCGAAGGACUAAAUACAAAAAAACUCCUAAAGCUCGUAUUAACGACAUUCCAAACGUUGCUCAGCCUGACGAAAUGUUCGAUGGAGGUGUUUGUAAAUCCAAAAGUGAGCUCCACAAGGAAAUCGAUCCUUAUAUUGACUCCGAAACAGGAAUGUUGCCUAAAUGCACGGAUCAAUUGUCGGAUUCUUCCAUUUCCUCGUCUCAAUUAUCGUCCGCAUCAACAAUUAGAGCAGCAUCUCCAUCCAAACACAAGCCAAAAGCAACAACAACAACAAACCGCCAACCUAAAAAAGCAAAACAAAAGAGACAACCUACAAUGCUCGUGUCUUCUGCUGCGACUGUUGCAAUCCUUCCAGCACCUUCUCCGCCUGUGGGUGAACGAGAAGAACUCUUUGAAGGAGUAGAGCAACAAAAACAUCAUCAUCGUUCUGCAUCGCCAAUAUUGGACAACAAAUUCAACAAAAUUAGGCGUCAACUGCGAGUGGCCCUUCUAAAAAGAAAUGAGGGGCAGAAGAAGGCUUCAAAGGAAUCUGUGGACAGUAGCGAUGCGGAUGAUGAAGAGGAAGACGACGAUGAAGAAGAGGAGGAGGAGGAAGGAAAGAGCUACGCGUAUUCGUCAAUCUCAAGAAACAAGUUUUACAAAUUGUAA